GUGCUGCCAUCUGGGAGCUGGUCAUUGUUAUGCUCGGCUGGUGGACAUAUUUACUUCUGCAUUUGUGUCAAAAUCCUUCAUUUUGACCGUCGUCGUGUGCCGCGCUCGCCGAAAACGGAUGCUUUAGCUGGUUGAAGUGCAUUGGAGCAUGGAAGUGUUGUGCAGCCACCUUGCCUAAUGGGGGCUCUCACUUGUUACAAGGAAAGGAAAAGAAGAAACGGACAGCGAUCCGAUGAUUUUAAAGUAGUGGGUGUUCUCCUAGUUCAGCCUGCGGCCGAUAGAAAUGGAGUCCGACGACCAAGAAUAUGUAGACUCUGCUUCUGGGGUGAUGGUGUCCAACCUCCCCCUCCUUUUUUCCCGGGGUAGCCCCUCAUCGCUUCAUGAAAUGAGUGUGGCGGAAUUGGAGGAGUUUGUUCCGUUUGUAGUGCGUUGUAGUCUUGGAGAAGAACGGCCAGUGCCAUGGGCCCAACUCCCAAGACCAACUUGGUGGCCAAAGAAACUCCCAUUCCGUAUGCCAACAACAAAUAAUACUAAUUCUACUCGUUCAGCUCUGGUGGGCCUCGUGGAACGAUGUUACACGUUUCAUGGCUGUCAGUACCUGUUACAAUUUUGUGCCUCGUUAGUAACGCAGAUGCCUGCAUCUGGUUACCGCUUUAAUGAUAAUCGGGAUGGCACCACUUCCAUGUAUCAUGGAACAACUGGCAAACUCCUCGUUACCUUCAGGAAUGAGAACAGGGAUUAUGACAAAUAUAGCCAUGGACGCAGUCGAGACACCACGAAGAAGCUGCUUCUAUCACCCUCCCCUCACACUGGCGAACGCAAAGGGUCUGGUGGCGGCACUACAGCGAUGUUCCAGCCUCCCGCUACAGACAUUUACCUCUGCGACAAAUGUGAAAGUGAAUUCUAUAGUCUGCGAGAAGUUCAGACACAUGAAAAGCAGUGUCGUGGAGACAUGCCAUCGUCGCCCGUUGCUCCCUCGCCAGAGCUUGACCUGGUCGACGAUGAGCCUGAACCUGCUGGACAGGUACCAUUCCUUGCAUACUUCAACCUACAACCAGCAAAACAUACUGGAGUUGAACCAUAUAUGUCUCCUAGAAAGAGAAGUUCAUCCAGCCCUCCCCGAAAAAUCCCAGGGCCUAUGUACCCUCGCUAUGACUCUAUAGCAAUCAGCUCCCCUCUAGGAAGGUUUUUGUUUUCGCACUCCAAGUUUCGUAACAAAUAUCAGCCAUCGCAGCACAACGUGAUGCGGUAUGAACGCCACCUUCAUGCUACCCCGAACACUGACUUCAACUUGAGCAGAGAUAGAUGUAACAGUCGAUGGAUUGUUGUAUGGCGGGACAGGAAGGAAGAGCAACCGUGGGUCCAUCUCUACUGCUUCACUAGCGGACAGCGGCGAGAUCGUAGAAUCACCAUCAACUCAGGGCUGAACUGGAGAAGCAGACGACUACUGAGAUUGUGUCGACCACUGAAGAUUGAAAUGAAACGUCUACAGAAAAGAAUGGUGGAUAGAAUUAUGCGAUUGGGAGGGCCUACUGCUCCAUGCAUUGAUUUAACUGACGAGUGUCAAGUGGAUAACAUGUGGGCAUUUGAUAGAUACCCAGCUUUAGCGGACAACAGUAUGUUGCUUAAUUCAAGACCAGCACCCUGGAGCAGUAGAGAAACACAGUUUUGCACAAAUGAGGACCCAUUUAGCCCUAAAGCAUCAUCAUCAUCUGGCACACUUGCUGGUACUAUACAGUGGCUGGAUGGCCUGCCUGAGAUGUCUGACAAUGUGAGUGUUCCUGGGGGCAGUGGAAUUUUAAACUCUGGAGGGUUACUCAGCAGUAUCCUUACUUCAAAUCGUACUGCUCAAUUAGGCAUAAGUGAACUAAAUUCAAAUAAGGCCAUUCAGCAGGGUUCUUUAAAAUUUAUUCCGUUACCGCUCGGGAGUCAGCACUUGCUCACGAAUCAACAGCGUGCUUUCCAAUCUGCUUUCAUCCAGAAAUCUCAAAUAGGUCAGUUUGGUAGUAAGAAUCAGUUAGGCCAAAUGACCUCAUAUUCUGUUGAUGGAACGAGCUUAUCCUUGAAGAUGAAUGCUUCUUCUACUGCAGACAUAUCUCUAAUUCCACUAAAGACAUCAGUUAAACAUGAUAGAAGUAAUAGACAAUUAAAUAGUGAUAUUUUGAAGCCAUUAUCGAGAAAAAAAUAUGCUUUUUGUGAUUCUCGGUCAAAUGUUCAGCAAAUAAAUGCCAGUGAACAAAGUAACAAUGAUUCAAGAAUAAGUGUAACAGGUCACCAACAAGAACAAAACAGACACCUUACACAUAUGCAAAGUGAAAGCAUGCCAAAAGGCAGUCAGAGCAUUUAUUCCCAAAUAGUGCCUCGUAUGUCAGAGAGGGACAGUAGUGCAGUGUCACUGAACAAUACCAGCAUUACUCUCUCAAGUAUAUCACAUCCGACAACAAACUCUUCUAUUGAAAUAAUUGAUCUCUCUAGUGACGAUGACGAUGUUGUUCGGGCUCGUGGCCAGAGUGAAGCAGACAAUGCCCCUCAACAGCUUGAUGGCCUUGCCUGCUAUCCUCACACUGGUGCUAAAGUGCCAGAUUCAUCUGAUUAUUCCUUGCCAAAAAAUGGGAGUAGCCAUUGGUCGUCGGAACAGAAGUCCCACUGUGGAGCCGGACACGUAGGGGACUUGGCGACCAAUGGCCAGCCGCCGAAUGUCCCGCCCAGUUUAGCAACUUCACCCGUCCCACAUGUUUUGUUCCUACCUAAUGACACAGUUCCACCACCGGCCACCCAAGGACCAGAGAUGAAGGGCAAUAGCCGGAAGCGAAAAAGUAAGGAACCUCCUUGUGGUGGUGGAAAGAUGAUAAUUUUAGACAUAUCCAAUAAAGGAGUGAUCUCCUCGGAGGGGAAUAUUGCAGAAGAGUCUCGACCCUCGAAAGAAUUUCUGCUUAGUAAAGAAGACAACCAAGUAACUGUAAUCCCUGAAGAGGUUGUUCCUGUUACUCCUGAAGAGUUAAAUAAUGCUCACUUAACACCAUUGACAGAAGCCACACUCCUGAAGGUAUCAGAUCAGAGUGGUGCCCUUGAAAGAAGGAAAUAUUCACAUGCAACUAACAAGUCAUUUAUCGUAGAUGAAGACAUUAGCUUUAAGUCUCCUUUUCGUGUAGAUGAAGAUAUCUCCUUCCGUGUUCCAACUGUGAACUUGAGAGAGAGUGAGCACAACACAGAGGGUGUGACCCCUUUGAAAGUAACAGAGACCCAGAAUAAACACCUUCCUACUGUGGGCACUCAAGUUGGUGGAAUUAUUAGUACUAUUGUGAAUACUGUUAAUAAAGGUGUGGAAUUCUUCAAAUCUUGGGUAGGAACUGAUGCAAGUCAAGAUGUAAGGCACAACUGUAUGAGCAGUUUGACUUCAAAUAGAUUACACAGUGAAAUGUUAGGUAUAGGAAAACCUUUAAAAGACAAAAAUGGUGCUGAACAAACUGAAAAAAUUUCAUCUUUUCAAUAUACUAGCUACAAGAUAAGGAAAUCUGAAAUAGUUCAACUUUUUAAGGAUGAGUGUCGGGAACUUAAGUGUAAAGGGUUAGGGGAACUGAGACAUUUAGAUGUGCAAGAGACCCGAUUAACAAGAAGAUCUCUAGAAAAAUUUUUACCUAGCAAAGCGAGAAGAAAAAAUAGUGACGGCUUAAAUUACCGCAGAAAUACUGCAGCAAAGAGUGAAUCUGGUAAUACAUCAGCGGUGGGUGCCACAGAUCAUUUUAAUUCAAGAACCAGGACACAAUCGGAAAUAAUUGGCACUCGUAAUUCUCGUCCCUCACGUCCUUCGGUGAUGCCAGAAGAUUAUAUAUCGUGUACGGAUGAAAAUGGAAAUUCAGCCUCGUACUUGACACUCGACGGUAAAUCAGUCGAUAGUUCUUCGAAUUGUGGUGUUGCGCAACGGGGAAGUUUUGGGUUAUAUUCAGAAAACUCUAAAGAAUACAGAGAAUCUAUAAUAACUGAAAAUAUGUUUCAUGGAAAGGGACCUUUAGAUGUAAAUAAUGAAAAACAGCUUACUGAUAAUUAUAGUAAUAAAGAAAUUAGAUGUACAGUACACAGUGAACCAGUUAUAAAAGAUAGUGUUUUAUUAAGUAGUGAAAAUAGUGUUGCGGCAAGAGGCAUAUUUGACGUAACAAAUACUGAAAGAAAGAGGUUUAGUGUAAGUACUCGAGAACUUGUAAAUCUAACUAGUGAUGAGUGGAAGGAAAUGCAGCAUAGAGGAUUUCAUCCUGUUACAAAUAUUAAACCUGGUCUGUUGAAUGUAGGGCAUUUAAAAAAACAAUUUCCAAGACUGGAGGGAUCUGCAGCCUGUCUCAAUACUGUACUUGAGUCAAGUGAGAUAGAUGAACAGAUAAAGAACCUUAAGAAAAAUAGUGUAAAAAUGGUAAGAGAGUUGAAAUCUCUUGCUCAGGAUGAAUGUAAGGAAAUCAUUCGGAUGGGUUUUAAUCCUUCACAAUUUGUUAUAUCGGAGAUUAAAAGAAAAGAAUUAAGACAGACACACUGUGGAAUUAAAUCUCCUGUUGGAGAUAAUGUGGAUGUUUCGCCCACAUUUGUGACGGAUGCAAAGUCUGGGUUUAUGGGCGAGACUGCAGAAGAAAGUGGGGCAUUACAGGCUCGAAUUCCAACACCUGAAGAACCACAAGAAAACAGAUACUCAAAUAAGUUAGAAAGCAUACUGGUGUCAGAUUCUGGAACUUCCAAGUCAAUAGUUUUGGAUUGUACACAAGUGGCUGGGUCAACUGUACAACCACAGGCCCCAAACCCAAAGAAAAAGAGAUCGAUAUUUAAAUCUCUAUGUCGGGAAUUAAACAAUCUAGGGAAAGACGAAUACAAAGAACUUCGUGGAACGGGCUUCCAUCCAUCUGAUUAUCUUGGUUCGGAAGAUGUUAAAUAUCUAAAUGCCAGUUCGGAUGAAGAUGACGUGCCAUUAUAUCAUUCUAAAGGACAGUCAAUAAAUGGACACAGGACAGGUGAGAUAAAGAGUUCAGAUGUGAGAAGAAAAAAAGAAAAAUUGUCAAUUAAAAUGAACCGUGAACUUUCUGGACUUUUGAGUGAUGAAUGCAAGGAGCUCAGAGUGGGAAGACACUUAUUAAAAUCUGUAUCACAGCUCAGGAGAGCCAGCCAUGUGGGAAAUAUCAGGACGCAAAGUGGAGAUGGAAGCUACAGAACUACCCGAAGUGCUUUACCAACCCCUUCAAUAAAUUUUCCAUCUGUGUUGCUUAAGUCUGGCAUGACAAAUAGCCCCACGAAAACACGCAUGCGGUGCCAGGUACGAAAUACACGGUCACAAACUAAUGUUGUUAGUAACUUGGAAGUGUUCACCCCUCGGAGUUCCCAUCGACAAAUAUUGCUCGCCGAGAGAGCUAUGUGCGUGUUGAACUUUAACCUGCCAGUCAUAAAUUGAAUAUGAUUUUAUUAGAAGGGUAUAUGUGUUGUAUCAACUUUCUUGUAAGCUUUUAUUAUGAGGACUUGUUUCAAGUAAAGUGAUAUGCGCUACAAAAUUACCAAUCUCCAUUUUGUCUGAUACGGUUGACAAAAUAUUUUAUUGAUCAUUUCAUAAUAUUUACUGAAAUGUAUUGGGAUAUUUCAUAGAAUUUGAAAGGUUUGUAUACAUGUUCUUCAGUAACUUGCCCCUUCUUUCAUUUAUUGUAAAACUUACAACCGCAGUUUUUUUUUUGUUGUGUAUAACAAUAAGAAACAAUGUGGUGUACGUGGGUAAAAGAAACUUGGUAUAUGAAAAAUUUAAUCUAAGUUUAAUGUAUACUCUUUAUAAUUAUUGUAAUUUUUUUUGUCUUUAGAGCUGUAAUUAUGUUGUUUCCAUUUUGGUUUCAUUUUGUUGAGCAGCAACCAAAGAUAACAUUUGAGAACAACAAUGGCAGUCAUUAUGUAUAUUGUAAUGAGUUUAAUCAUCGUGCAGUUUUUGAGUGACCAGUCUUUAGAAUGAAAUGAAAAUAUUUAUUUACAGUAUAAUUUUGAUGGCAACUACAUUACAGGAAGAGAGUACUUUUACGAGCUUUUUCUUCUACGUAAUAUUGGGAGACGUUAUUUUUCCCUCUUUGGAGAAUAAGAUGAUGAUAAUGGUGCGGUCCGUGUUGUGGGCACCACGCCGCCACCUGCUUCUGUUCAGGAUGCAUUUCUAUACUUAAAUAGUGUCUACAGUUUUCUGGCAAUGACUAAAUGUGGCUACAUUUUUAAAUAGUUGUAUGGUAUGCGAGUGGAGGGAGAAGGCAUGUCAUGCAACAAUGUUCACAUAUCAAGAUAUUUACAAGUGAACUUCACACACUUAGCAGCUGGCUACGUCUGAUUAUUGAGUAAUGUUUUGGUGCUGUUGGCACUCUUCAUAAUGUGGAGGAAUAUUGAUGAUAGUAUUUAUACUUGGUAAGGUGUGGAGUUUGUCAACAAAGUGUUGAUCAUUAGGAUUCUGAAGGGAUUUGUUGUCUGAAUCUUAACAUGGGCGUUGGAUGAAUAGCUCGGUAUUUUUGUCCGUGUGUGUACAAAAAUUUGAAAUAAUUAUUAAAGAGAGCAGUAAAUCAGUUGGAAAAGAGUAUUAUGCAGUGUGAUAAAAUUAAUGUGUAAAUAGGUAGGCACAGUAAAUAUUUGUACUUCAUUCAAAUCUCUUAAUUAUUUGAGGUAUUGGAGUGCGUAUGAGGGUUCUGUGACGCAUAAAACCAGAUUACCACAAGUAGUAUGAUCAGGUUCCUCAGGGUGGUAGAAGAUUUUAUCAGAUAGGGAAAACCAAUUACUUUUGUUUAUUGUAAACAAUUGUCUGAUUUCCUGGAGAGUGGAAAUAAAAUUGUUUCAAUAUAAUGUUUUUAAAUGAAUAAAGAAUGUGUGGAUGACAGCGGUUACUUGUAAGGUAACAUUACGAGGGCUGGUGGUCCAGUAUUCAAAGACCAUCUGUGAUUCAGGUAUGUAGAUAUUGGUCGUUAAUUUUAGUGCUUUUCUUUUUCCUUGAUCGUCAGUUUACAAGAGUUUUUCCUGUGGUAAAGAAACAAACAAAUUAUAACUAUAAUUGUAUUUGGCUAUUAAGUGCUGAAUAAAAACAAUAACUGCUUAACGGUUACCUAAAGCCUUAAUCUUUUCUCUGGCUGAUGUAUUCUUCCUUGUGUCUGCUUGGAAGAAACUCUUGCUGAUGUAUUCUUCCUUGUGUCUGCUUGGAAGAAACUCUUGCUGAUGUAUUCUUCCUUGUGUCUGCUUGGAAGAAACUCUUGCUGAUGUACUCCUCCUUGUGUCUGCUUGGAAGAAACUCUUGCUGAUGUACUCUUCCUUGUGUCUGCUUGGAAGAAACGGCAGACAUGUUCAGGUUUCCCUCAAUCUUCUGGUAUUGAACGCCACUGCAACAAAUUGAUAAUAUUUUGGUUAAACAGUAUUACUUUAUUUUUUAUAACUGUACUUCUCACUUAAUUAUACUGUGAACAGACAGCAUAUAUACUGUGUAUACAUACAUUGCUGUAUACUGCAUUGUAGAUAUAAUGGGGCCUUGUAGGCCCAACUUGGUCUAGUUAUCAAGCAUCUACAUGCCAAAAUAGGCAGGUUAAUAUUUUGUUCUAACGCUGAUUUCAUUUUUAAACUCAGCAUUUUAAUGAUGCCAUUUUUAUAAAUUAUAUGUACAUACAUUUGGCAGUGUUAGGAGUUAAUAGGCAUAUUAAGGUUAGACAAGGUUGCUAAGUUAGUUUUAGUUUAAAUAAAAAAAAAAUUUGAAACAUGUUUUUUGAGCUGAAUAUUUCUUAUUAAUGCAUGAGAACAUUUUGAAAACUUAAUUUUGCGAGAAAAUUUGGUUUGUUGUAACUGCCUAAAAUGCAUGACAUACAUUUUCAUUUAUGACGAACAAAUUGUAGUAUUUUUUCCGAUAUUUCAACCAGAAAUUAUCCUUGUUUUUAUCAAGGAAAUUUAUAGACAAAAGAUUUCUUGGAUUGUUUCCUUAAAUGUCUUGAUAUAAUGUAAAUGGGGCUAGGUACGAUUUUUUUUUUUUUUUUUUUGAUCAAGUAGCAGAAACAUUUUGCUAAAGAGCAUUUACUUAGCCAAAAUGUAGUAAUGGAACGUACUGUAAUGCCAUUAUAAACUUCAUAGAUAAAUCAUACCAUUUUUACAUUUUUUAUUGGCUUGUAUGUCAUCAGUGUUCUGAGCGAUUAUGCUGCUCGGGUAUGGAAAGAAAUUUAUAGACAUUUUCUAGCAGGAGCUAAAUAUUCUACCCAAAUUAAAUUGAAUACUAGUUUUCUGAGUAAUCCUGUGUGCUGGCAGAAUAAUAUUGGUACUGUACUAUAUAAUGCAAGAGGAAAUAUAGUUACUUCUCCAUGAUUUUGGUUUUGCAUGGGUCAAGCAUGGCCUCGGUGGUGGUGUGGACACUGGGGAGAGAUCGUGCUCACACUGGAGAACAAACAUGCACCGCCACCACUGCUCACAUUGGCUAAUACGUCACAAGUCAAGAUUUUUUUUAGUCGUGUUUGUAUGGGGGGGCCUAAGGAAUCUGCAAGGUCUGAGAAUUUUUGAGAUGCAAUUUGUAGUCAUUGACAAUGAAGAAUGGACAUUAUGCAAACUUUGUAUAAAUGGAAUAUUUAUACUUUUAUGGACUGCACUGGCUUGUCUGAGUAAUUGAGUGAGUAUUUUGCUGUUACUCAUGUUUUAUAAUAAAAGAUAUAAUUAUUAAGUCAUGUGUAAUUUGUUACGUCCUCAAGUAACAGAAGUAGGUUGUCGAGGGUUCUCCAUAUGUAAUUAGAAUUUUGAUAGAUGGGAAUGAAAUGUAUGAAGUACAUAUAAUGGUUAUUAUUGUUUAUUACUGAUUAUGUUAAAUGUUCAUCUAUGUGUCCAUCUUUGCUGCAUCUUAUGCUUUGCACUAUUAUAAUGGAGCUAGAGGGGGCAGGUUGAGUGAUGAGUGUCGUUAAGGUACGAGAGCACGUUUGUGCAGGUUCCUAUUGCUGGAGGUGGAGAUGUAAAUGACAUGUACAUGCACAAGUCAUUUACAUCUCCACGUGUACAAAAGUCUUUUGCCGUGAUGUACAUGUGUACAAAAGUAUUUUGCCGUGACCUGUACACUGUCGUUGUGGCAAUUCAAACGGUUCACAACAAACUAAACUUUAUUUUUAUAUCUUGAGUUUCAACACAUUACUGUACAUAUAAGUAUCACUGUUAUGGCCAUCACAUACAAAGUUUUAGUAAUAGAUCAUUCACAUCACCGGCAUAACUUGUCUUUAUACAAUGCCUUGUUCCAGUCACAAAGAAAUAGAACAGACCUUUCUGCUGUGUAUUCCUAGCACUGUCAUGGUCGCAGCAAGGCCUAACAAAUUCCUAGACAGUUCCCAAAUUAGGCCAGCAUGGCUACUUGCCACGUCAGGGCAUAACAUAGCAUAUUACCAAGUCUUGAUGCCAGUCUUUGUUUCUUCGAACUUAUUGUAUUGUCUUGGAAUUUUUAUUUGUUGUUAGUACAUUAAUAUAUUGAAAAGCCUCUUCUCUACAUAAUGUACAGCUACAUGCACUUCAUACUAUACACAGUGUCACGGCAAUCUUUUAACCCCCUCAAAGUGUGGUCAUCCUCAUAUGAUGAUUCUACAUUUUGUUAGCUUGAAGACUGAUAUUAACCAUAUGGUUGCAAUACCACAGUGGUCUCUCCCAGCAGUCAUGGGAGGAUAUCCAAUAAUGUGGAGUAAAUGUUCUCCCGUUAUCACUGUAUAUAUAUUGAUUUAGGUAUUCUUUUUUUUUUUUUUUACUUUUGCUUACAGAUCCCUUAUUUUUUAAUAUAUUUCAUGCAAAAAAAUAUGAUUUUUGUUUGGUCCCCUGGCGCUUAUUACGGCAUAUUGCUGACCAAUGCCAGGAGGAAUGUUGACCACCAACCACCCUGGCCAAAAUAUAAGGUUAGAUAUAAGAUUUUUUGUUUAUUUUCCAUACUUUUGAAUUCAGAUCUACCAAUUUGUAAUAAAAGUAAUUUAUAUAAUAUGAUGCAUGGCACUUGAAGAGUUGGGCAGAUUUGUUUUAAUGACUGUUAAAGUGUGAACCCAUUUUCUUCUUGGCAUUGAUUUAUGCCAUCUUAGUACUGUGGAGAGUUCCUCUGUCAGCCAUGUGCAGAACUUUCGUUACGAAAUAGUGGAUCUGCACACAAAAGUAAAGUAGGAAACAAUUUAAGGCAAUUAUUUAGUGGAGUGUAUUAUGCAAUGAGUGUGUGGACACUUACAGACAAGAAGACUGAUGCACAGAAACAGGUUGUCUCAUUAAUCUUGCAAAAACAGUGUGUUAUUAGUGAAUGAUACAAUAUAUUUAUAAACAUGGCUUUACACAUUUAAGCAUUUUACUUUCUGCCUCAAAAAUUUUGCUUUACCAAUGUUCCUUUGUCCAUUGGUGAAAUCUUCGGUGAAUGUGAUUCCUUGGGCAAUGCUCAUCUUAAUUUUAAUGUCAUCUUAUCUUUCUGCUCUCACAUCUGCAUGAUAUCUAGGGACUUGAAUAUUCUGAGAUGCAGACAGUGCUUUGUAGUUUCCUGGGCUUGGUGUCAUUUGAGAAUUACUUAUGUUAUGCUUCAGAACUUUUAGUUUUAGUGUGGUAUGAGUGUCUUUGAAACACACUCCCAUAGCCUAUAUACCCCACACACAAUUUACAUUUGUUACAGCUGAUGAUCCAUCAAUUCACCAUUGAUAAGAGCUUGUAAAUGUUCUUCACUUUCAAUUAUCACACUUGCUUCUUCCUGCAAACUGUUACGUGAAAAUUUGGCAUGGAAUUUGUUCCAUCUGACAACAAUAAUUGUGCGCAUAAUGGUGUGUACUGUACGAGGAGGAGGAUUUAGGUCUCGUUCACCCUCUUAGCUCUUGCACCUGGUUUACUUAUGCUACCAGUGUCGUCAUAUUUGUUCUUGAAGUUAUGAAUAGAGGUUAUUUGCAUCACCUUUGGCGCGAUUUCAAUCCAUUUGUUGGCUAGUCACUGCAUGUAGGUAAUGAAUUUAAUUUAUUUGGCUUGUGUGUUUUCAACAUCUGACUGAUCUGCCCUCUUCUGUUGUCCCUCACCUGGGAAAAGACUCUUAUCCACUUUAUUUUCCUCUGCAUCUUGUACGUUGUGAGCAUAUCACCUCUGGUCAUUAUGCUCUACUGAUGUCAUUAGGUUGAUUUGUCUAGCUGUGUAUGUCCACUCACAACUUCCCUCACCGUUAUCCUCACUCGGACAUUCAUUGUCUAUAAUUUUUACUACGUGCAUCAAUUGUGCAAUUUUUUUUUUUUUUUUUUUUUUUUUUUUUUUGUUACUACAGCUAG